CGGAAGAGAACCCGCCGUUCUGGUUUGGCCUUGGGUGCCACCUUAUCGCUUGUCCCGUGCUAGGUAGUGAUUAAAUCCCAGAGCCUUAUCUAUCUGCAGAGUAGGCGAAAAGACGCCUACAAGUGUAGGAGGCGGGAAGCUCGAUCCCCAGACAAAAGAGGGAGCGAGCAGGGAGCUACCGAGCUGCUCAGGUAGCUAGAGGCCGGUCUCGGUCAGCGCCAGUCUCCUCCAGGCCAUGGUGCAAGAGGAUCUCUGAGUGAUCCCCAGAUGAGAGUAGCGAGCCCGCUCCGGGACUCUCCAGCCGCAGGAUCAGACAGGUGUGGGUUGAGAAAGGAAGGAUGCUGCCCGCGCUGCUCGCUGGUAGCACCUUGAGCGGCCGCAGUUACAGCCGCAGAAAGCACAGCUUCGGCCGAGAAGACGGCUUGAUCUUUUGGUAAAGUCGCCCGCCAGCUUUCUCCGUAGUCUGCGAGUUGGGAAAACCAGAGGACAGAGCUCCCCGUUACAGUCUUCUCCGAGCUCCUUUUCCUUGGUACGAGGAGCUGAUUUAUGAGGAAACAUGCCUUGCACGUGUACUUGGAGGAACUGGAGACAGUGGAUUCGACCUUUAGCUGUGGUCAUCUACCUGGUGUCCAUAGUCGUUGCGGUUCCCUUGUGCGUGUGGGAAUUACAGAAGCUGGAGGUUGGAAUACACACCAAGGCUUGGUUUAUUGCUGGAAUCUUUCUGCUGCUGACGGUCCCUAUCUCGCUGUGGGGGAUCCUGCAGCACCUCGUGCAUUACACACAGCCUGAGCUACAGAAGCCGAUCAUAAGGGUUCUUUGGAUGGUACCCAUAUACAGUUUAGAUAGUUGGGUAGCUCUGAAAUAUCCCAGGAUUGCAAUAUAUGUGGAUACCUGCAGAGAAUGCUAUGAAGCUUAUGUCAUUUACAACUUCAUGAUAUUCCUCACCAAUUAUCUAACUAAUCGAUAUCCAAAUCUGGUAUUAAUCCUUGAAGCCAAAGACCCACAGAAACAUUUCCCUCCUUUAUGUUGCUGUCCACCAUGGGCUAUGGGAGAGGUGUUGCUGUUUAGGUGCAAACUGGGUGUGCUGCAGUACACAGUUGUCAGGCCAGUCACCACCGUCGUCGCUCUAAUCUGUGAACUGGUCGGUAUAUAUGAUGAAGGAAAUUUUAGCUUUUCAAAUGCUUGGACUUACCUGGUUAUAUUAAAUAAUAUGUCGCAAUUGUUCGCCAUGUAUUGCCUUCUGUUAUUUUAUAAAGUACUCAAGGAAGAACUGAGUCCUAUCCACCCUGUUGGCAAAUUUCUUUGUGUAAAAUUGGUGGUUUUUGUGUCUUUUUGGCAAGCAGUAGUCAUUGCUUUGUUGGUAAAAGUUGGCGUUAUUUCUGAGAAGCACACAUGGGAGUGGCAAACUGUAGAAGAGGUGGCCACAGGACUCCAGGACUUUAUUAUCUGUAUUGAGAUGUUCCUGGCCGCAAUUGCUCAUCACUACACAUUUUCAUACAAACCAUAUGUCCAAGAAGCAGAAGAGGGCUCGUGCUUUGAUUCCUUUCUUGCCAUGUGGGACGUUUCAGACAUCGCAGACGAUAUUUCAGAACAAGUAAGGAACGUUGGACGGACAGUCAGGGGACAUGCUAGGAAGAAAUUUUUUCCAGAGGAUCAAGAUCAAAAUGAACAUACAAGCUUACUCUCAUCAUCAUCUCAAGAUGCAAUUUCUGUUGCCUCUUCUAUGCCACCUUCCCCCAUGGGUCACUACCAAGGAUUUGGACACACAGUGACUCCUCAGACUAUACAUACUACAGCUAAUAUACCUGAUGGAAUACUCAAUGACACUACAGAAGCGAAGAAAGAGCUUUCAGAUAAAUCUGUUAUCUCCUGAACAAUGUGCAGAAGCAAACUGUGCUAUAUCCAUGUUACUUCACCACCUGGAAUCCCAUGGAUCAGGAUAUUGGGCUUAGGACAAGCCAUAAUGAUGGAAAAUUUCAAGACAAAGACAGGUAAAAAGCCAGGUACAACUACUGGAUUUUGUAUAUCAUAAGUAAUCAGUCCAAAUUUCCUAGACUUAGGCUUGAUUCCAUAACAUUAGAGUGUGUUGCAUACUGAGAUGGUAGAAAAUGAAUCCAACAAAAUGCUUCUGAUAAUACAUUUCUUUAUCAAGAGGAUGGACAUAAAAAAUGCUUCUUACCACUGCUGCAUGAUUAUAAUGCUCUGGACAGAAAGCAUAAUUCAGAUAUAUGAGCUAGUGGAACUUAAUUAUGUGCCAUAUGAGCUUACCUAACACUCCUCUGUUUCUUAACUGGAUACUAGAUGUCUUUCAAUAAAUAAGAAUUUAUCAUUUAUUUUCUGCAA